AUGCGCUUACUUCUCUCCAUCAUCCUUUACCUCGUCGGAGUAAUCCAAGCCGCACCUACUACGAAUACAACAACAACUACUAGUGAUGGUUCUGAAGCCUCAUCAUUCACGAACAGAUCCCUAUGGAGUAUCAUCUCCAGCUGCGCUUUGACACUUUUCGCGUGCAUUUAUAGUGCCAUUCAUCCCAACAUUCCAAGUCCUGAGGACAGCCUCGUUCUUAUCCUACGGCGACGACUUGGCAUCAUGUUAAUGGCAUUAAUCGCUCCCGAACUCAUUGUUACCUGGGCUAUGCGCCAGUGGCUCAGCGCUCAUUAUGCAUGGACUCGAACGCACAGCUUCUUUUUGCUGAUGGGCGGUUUUAUGCUGUAUGUGGACGGGAAACCCUACCACACACUACUGCCUGAUCAGCUUCUCUUGCUGAUACGUGACAAGCGUAUUGAUGCCCCUACCCUAACGGCAAAGCAGAUCUGCGACAAGAGCAAAGGAAAUGUAAUAUCCAAAGGAUUGAUCAUCAUUCAGGUGGCCUGGUUUAUUCUGCAGCUAAUCUCCCGCACCAUUUAUCACCUCGACACCACCAAGCUUGAAACGGGGACGCUCGCUUUUGCGGUUCUCAAUUUCCUCACCUAUGCUGUGUGGUGGAACAAGCCUCUCGAUGUACAAUGUCCUCAUCCAGUGUACUGGAAGUCGAGCAAGUCCAAACCAGAGGACUACAUUAAAGAACUGGGGUCUCCUUUCCAGUCUUUUACCCACUUAUCGAACUGGUGGGCGGCCGGCGCUUUCCCACAUCUCGAAUCCUCCGACAUCGACCUAGAAGAGUCGCAUGGCGACAUCGUUCUUGUACUUGCUGGGCUGCUUAUUGCAACCAUCUUUGGUGGCAUCCAUUGUAUUGCUUGGUUCCUAUGGCACAUUAGUGCCGUCGCUAUAACUUGCACACCUUGGCUUUGGUUCCUGUUGGUGAUAAUCUGUGGAGUCCUGAAGCUCGAUAACUUGAAGGACACACCAGUUUUCAUAUUAUGUACUAUUCUGUACAUCCCGGCACGUGCCAUCCUCUUGGUACUUAUGGUCACCACUUUACGCAAUCUUCCUCCUGACGCAUACGAGGUGGUGUCGUGGACUAGUCUGAUACCGCACUUGUAG